AUAACUAACGUCAUUGUUCCCUCAGCCUUUCUUUCAGUGGGUACUUGCUGUCAUUUCCACGGAAUGAGUAGAAAUUAUUUAGUUGCAGGAUAUUGUGACUUCACGCUUUGUCUUUGUAUGUUUUUUGUUUUCUCGUUUGUUUGUUUUUUUAAUCAAUUUGUUUCUCUGUCCGUGGUGCUGAAUUUUAUUUCGUAAUUUGGAUCUAAUGUUGAUCGGCGCAGUGCAACUAUUUUUGCUCGGUUUGAGCGUUGGCAUUUUUUUUUUCUUUUGUAAAGUUAAAAUAUUAUUUCACUGUUGGGGGCCGGGUCAAUCCGUUCUAAUAAAAUGCAAUUGAGCGAGUAAGAGGGAAGGGACCCUGACGACAGACUGGCAUCAUUCUUCACCUAUUUUUGAGUCUAAAGGGGCGGUGUCCGUCAGAUCAACAGGAGAGGUUUUUUUUUUUUUUACGCACAGAGAUCCAGUUUUACGCAACACUUGAUUGCAUGUUGGUGGACUGUGUUUUACUUUGUUUUUAUUCGAAAGCUUCAUCACAUCACAAGUGAAACAUCUGUCAGAGUAAAACUUUUCUGAGUGCGAGUGCAGAGCAGGUGGUCCUGGAACAGAGUGUGUCAUGGGAGCUCAGGGAUGGAGCCCGGUGCGUAUGGGGAUCGUAGUUUGUGGAUAUUUGGCGUUUUUCUGCAGUGAGUUCAUCCCGGUUACUGAAGCCGGAUGCAGGGAGAGGGGGAACCAGAACUGCUGCCCCGGCCGAGACAACGAAUGUUUUGAGUACACGAGGAGAAAAACGGUGUGCUACUGCGACAGCUACUGUCAAAAAACCAGAGACUGCUGCGAGGACUACCAACACGUGUGUCAAAUAUCUGCAGCCACCAACUGUGAGGUUGGACCAUGGGGUCCCUGGUCGUCAUGCUCGUCUCCAUGUGGAGUCGGGAGCAAGGAGAGGAGUCGCCAAGUGUCCAAUCCCCCGAGGAACGGAGGCUCCCCUUGUCCAGAUCUCAGACAGAGACGAGGGUGUUACGGAAACAACGUCAUUUGUGACAAUGCCAAAGAGGUGGCAAAAAUCCUGCCUGAUUCUUUCAAGAGGAACUUCAAGGACCCUUGGAGACGACCCCACAUGCUGAUGAAGGAGGAGAAGGACAGUUACUGUGUGUACCUCAGGGUGAAGCAGGCCAGUGCUGCAUGCAGGCUCAAGCUGUGGAGUGCUCAGCUGGUGCGAGAGCGGCUGGUCUGCGCAGAGUGUCAAAGUGAUGCCAUGUCAAACUCUGAUCGCUGCGCAGGAGAUGGCAUAGAGGGAAUUAGGACCUUCUGGACUGUAGCAUCUACUCCUGGUUGCCAUGGUUCCUGGAUGCGGGAGCUAUCUUCUGAGCACUGCCGCUGUCCUCCUUACUCUGUCCUUUUUGUUUGAGCCGAUCUGAUUGUAGGGAUCUGAUUGCCCUCAGAGAGCCUCUUCCACCUGAGGAGAGCCCUGCUAGGGAACCCAGACCCUUCUGUCCUGACAACUCAUGGAAAACAGCUGCAUCCUGCCACUUGUCAUCUCAUCCUCUGUACUGUAUAUCCUAGUAAUUAAUCACGUUGAAAUUCUUGCACGUCUUCUCUUCAAGUUUAAAAGCCACAUAGCUGCACAUCAAAACCACUGCGGAGCCUACAUUUUUAUACCUCUGAAUCUUUGCUAUCUACCUCCAUCAAUGCAAAUGUGUGUGCUAAUGCAAAACGUAUAAAUCUGAAAAAUCUUGUAUUUUUAUUCAUACAUUUUAUACUUGUGUUGGUUUCUGUGUACUUUGUAUGUGCCUUUAUAGCUAAACCUUGUUGUAUCUAAAAGUUAAAGACGAAAGAGCAGGUGCUGCCCACAGUUUAAAAAGAUCAUCCAAAGAAGUCUAAACAUCUGUGCUGAAGAUGCUGUAAAUACUGAUAAAAUGUAUGCAUGCUCUACAAUUUCAUUUUUACAAAUAUUUCAUAAAAAAGUACAACGAUUGGGAUGACUGGGUACUGAUCACUCAGGUGCCGGCGUUAUGACAUUUGUCAGGCUCUCUCCUCUUCUGUCUGUCCUCAUGGUUUCAAUACAAUGGUCUGUAUUCAUGUCUUUCAUUCCUCAAACUAAUCCAGUUCUUUUAGAGUUAACAGUCUGAAGCUUCGUUGAUAAAGUGUUUAACUCACUCAGCAACAAUGUUUCGGGAUCUGGAGUCUCUGUCUGUGUUUUCUGACAGCAACAGGUAUUUUUGCUGUAGCUCAUUCUCAAAAAGGUAUAAUAACAAUAAUGCUCUGACAGUGCUCUGUCUAAAAAAGGCAUAGCUUUAUCUUUUGUUUCUCUACCUUAUCAGCAUGUUUAGGUUUUGUUUUCAUGUGACUUGUUGAUCAUUUUGCUGGUAUAACUUAUUUCACUGCGGCACAAGUUAAUCGUAUGAAGACAAAACACUUAGGAGAAGCAUUUGUUCUUUUGAACAUUGUAAAUCUGUUUCAGCCACUUUCUGUGCCUGUCUAAGUGGGAUAACUUAGCAGACCAUGUAAAGUCACAUUACCCAGGAUUACUCAGCCACUACAGUCUUUUUUCACUACAAGUUCAACUAUAAAGGGUUAAAAACAUUUAGUUAGUUAAGAAAAAUAAAUUAUUUCAACUAACAAUGUGGGUCUAUGGUUAAAUUUUGCAAGUUGUUCACAAGAAAAUUGUCUGUCCUUUUUGAAAUGUUUUCUGCCCAACCAUUUAGGUAUUUUGUUGCUAAAAGAUCAGAGACAACACACAAAGAAAGUCUGUCAAGAGUUGAGUCCAGUCAGGGGUUUCCAGGCAGAUAUCAGAACGUUGUUUUGGAAAAUUGAGCCUUAUAAAAUAUUUUCAUGAGAUCUCUCUUCAGACAGCAAGAAACCCCACCUUCAAGUAUGUUUUCACUCACAACCAUCUCUGCUCACAGGGGAGCUUAAUCAACAGAGCAUCAGCCAGCAUAAAUAACACAUAAAGCCAAGUUACUCCCAUGCAAUUAAUUAACUGAAUCUCCUCCCAAAACUUCCCACGUUGUCUUGUUUUUCUUUCCCAUUGCCUUGAUGUUCUGUUCAAAAUAAACUGCAUAUUAACUGCAAUGAUACAAAUUUGACUCAGCCAGUCAAUAAGUCCAUGUUUUUGCUACAGCUGGUUUAAGAAGAAAGCUGAUGUGUCAUUAAAGGGAUUUUUGGUUUUUGAUGCUGUUACUUUCUAUCUUUCUCACAUCUUUGAUUUAUGUUUUGUAUUUAUUAUAUAAGAAUUAAUUAUUUUUUUGUUAGUGUAACACCGCAUACACUGUCUAAUAGUGAAAUUAAACAACUGUACUGUGUAUCCUGAAUAUA